AUGGCCCCCUGCCGCAUCAAAGCAAUACUCGUGUGUAACCCCCACAACCCAUGCGGUCAUAUCUACCCCACGAAGGUAAUCCAGGCCCUGCUCCAAUUCGCCGGACAGCACGAUCUGUACUACAUCUCCGACGAGAUCUACGCCCUCUCCACGCUCGACGAGCGGACGCCUUUCACCUCGGUCCUUAACAUCGAUGUGUCCGCCCUGGGUAUCAGCAAAGAUCUAGGAAGUAGCGGGCUGCGCCUGGGCUUCGGCAUCACCCAAGCACACCCGGACCUGCGGCUCUCCCUCGCCAUCUCGAACCAUUCCCGCGUCUCGACAUUCACCUCGCUGGUCAUCACUGCGCUGCUCCGCGACCCCGCGGACAUCGAUACAAUCUUGCAUCAGAAUCGAGUCGCGCUGCAGCGUAGCGCCCGGCUGAUUUGCGACUUUCUCACUUUCCACCAGAUUCCCUUUGUGCCGCCGGCCGCUGGGGUGUAUAUCUGGGCGCGACUUGGAUGCAGAUCGUCUUCACGGCCGGGUAGUGAGCCAAGCUGGGAGGACGAGGCCCGUCUGAAUGAUCGAUUCGAGGCGGUGGGCGUGUCGGUAGGUGCGGGACAAGGGUAUUGUGCUAGCGAGCCGGGAUGGUUUCGGAUUACGUUUGCUCUUCCCCGGGAAGAACUUGUGAAGGGCUGCAGCGGAUCGAAGAGGUGGUUGGAAUGGAGGGGAGGAGAUGGACGGAUUCCAAGGCCGCUUGAUGGUGUGUUGAUAUAG